CAGGUGCUGACAGCGCUUGGGACACGCUGCGAGUCCUGCUGACCCGGAGCCGUCCCGGCUGGGGCUGAAGGCCACUGCAGAGGAUGAGGAUCCUUCCCAGCCCUGGGAUGUCUUCGCUGGUCUCCCUCGUGAACCUCCUGUCUGUGCUGCUGAUAGGCUGCGCAGCUGAAAGUCCCCCUGUGUUCAUUAAGAAGCCCGUGGACCAAAUUGGUGUGUCAGGAGGGGUGGCUUCCUUUGUCUGCCAAGCGACUGGAGACCCAAAGCCACGGGUCACCUGGAACAAGAAAGGGAAGAAAGUGAACUCUCAGAGGUUUGAGACAAUUGAAUUUGAUGAAAGCGCAGGUGCUGUUUUGAGGAUCCAGCCCCUCCGCACUCCCCGGGAUGAGAACAUUUACGAGUGUGUUGCUCAAAACCCUCACGGGGAGGUCACUGUCCAUGCCAAGCUCACCGUCCUCCGAGAGGACCAGUUACCUCCUGGUUUCCCAAACAUUGAUAUGGGGCCCCAGCUGAAAGUGGUGGAGCGGACACGAACAGCCACGAUGCUCUGUGCAGCCAGUGGGAACCCAGACCCAGAGAUCACUUGGUUUAAAGAUUUCCUGCCCGUGGACCCCAGCGCGAGCAAUGGGAGAAUAAAACAACUGAGAUCAGGUGGCCUCCAGAUUGAGAGCAGCGAGGAGACAGACCAGGGGAAGUACGAAUGCGUGGCCAGCAACAGCGCUGGAGUGCGCUACUCCUCCCCUGCUAACCUUUACGUGAGAGUUCGCCGGGUGGCCCCUCGCUUCUCCAUCUUACCCGUCAGCCACGAAAUCAUGCCCGGGGGCAACGUCAACAUCACCUGCGUGGCCGUGGGUUCGCCCAUGCCAUACGUCAAGUGGAUGCAGGGGGCCGAGGACCUCACGCCUGAAGAUGACAUGCCCGUGGGCCGUAAUGUCUUGGAGCUCACGGAUGUCAAGGACUCAGCCAACUACACGUGUGUGGCCAUGUCCAGUCUGGGAGUCAUAGAAGCCGUUGCUCAGAUCACGGUGAAAUCGCUCCCCAAGGCUCCUGGGACGCCAGUGGUGACAGAGACAACAGCAACAAGUAUCACCAUCACCUGGGACUCUGGAAACCCAGACCCCGUGUCCUACUAUGUCAUUGAGUACAAGUCUAAAAGCCAGGAUGGACCAUAUCAGAUCAAAGAAGACAUCACCACCACGCGCUACAGUAUUGGGGGGCUCAGCCCCAACUCUGAGUACGAGAUCUGGGUCUCUGCAGUCAACAGUAUCGGGCAGGGGCCUCCCAGCGAGUCCGUGGUCACUCGCACUGGGGAACAAGCUCCUGCCAGUGCCCCCCGUAACGUGCAGGGGCGAAUGCUGAGCAGCACCACCAUGAUCAUCCAGUGGGAAGAACCGGUGGAGCCCAACGGGCAGAUCCGUGGCUAUCGCGUGUAUUACACCAUGGAGCCUGAUCAACCCGUCAGCAACUGGCAGAAGCACAACGUGGACGACAGCCUCCUGACCACAGUUGGCAGCCUGCUUGAGGAUGAAACCUACACAGUGCGGGUCCUGGCCUUCACCUCCGUGGGAGAUGGGCCUCUUUCCGACCCCAUCCAGGUGAAGACACAGCAAGGAGUUCCUGGGCAGCCGAUGAACUUCCGAGCAGAAGCCAAGACAGAAACGAGCAUCGUGUUGUCGUGGAGCCCUCCCCGCCAGGAGAUCAUAGUGAAGUACGAGCUCCUCUAUAAGGAAGGAGACCACGGCAGGGAGGUGCAGAAGAACUUCGAGCCAACGACCUCCUUCACUGUGGAAGCCCUGAAGCCCAACACUGAGUAUGUCUUCCGGCUGGCCGCCCGCUCGGCUCUGGGCCUGGGGGCCUUCACCCCGGAGGUCAGAGAGCGCACCUUGCAGUCUA